CAUGGAAGAUAUGGAACAAUUCGUACUACUGCUUUCGCAGAGUAGCGUGCACUUCGCGUUACAGUUCUUCUGGAUGAUUUACGCAGCGCUAGAUGAGAACCGUCCAAAGCGUGCCGGUAACAACCCCCAUACCUUUGCACGCUGUGCAAGGCUGUUGCUAGCACUCGAGCAGUGUUUUGUAUACGGGUCUCCGGCAGCUCGCCAGGCGUCGGAGCUGCUAACUCGACAAAGUAUCUCCCGAGACGAGAUGGAGCAGAUUCUCAUGGCCGAUCGUCGCUUUUUCGCUGCUCAACAAAGCAGUACAGACUCUACUCAUGGAGUAGAAGAUGUUGCCCCGAUCUCCGGUGGUUGGUUACUCAAGAAAGGGGGUGGCACUCGAACUAUGGGCCGACGCAACUGGACGAUGCGCUGGUGUCGUAUCGAGAAGCGCAUCUUGUUAGUCUUUACUAAACCUACCGAUUCUCAGCCUCGAGCAGCCAUACCACUGCAUGGUGCUAAGGUACACGUCGUGGAGAAUAAGCGUCCGUUUUACUUCGAAAUCGCCCACGACUUCAGCGAGACCAAGGCGAAAUUUGCUGCUAAAACUGCGGAUGAAUUAUCCACGUGGGUCGCGUACAUUCAAAAGAGCGCUGCGUUACCAGAACCCCCAACAGGAAGUCCUAACAAGGGAAGUUACAGUCCUGAACGUACGCUAGCACGCAUGUCGUUUGCCAUGAGAACUUUUAUCAUGCAAUCCUCCAGUAACGUGACUAGCAACGCCAUUGACAGCGCCACUGUUCCCUCGCAAAGUGGCUCUCCUUCGAAAGCAGAUAGUACAAGUCGUCCGGCAGAAAUCACAGCUGAUGUAUUAGCUGCGAAUAUGCGAACUCGGAUGCUCAGUAGUGGUGUUAGCCAAGCGGGUGAUACCGAAGUGAGUCAGUAUUCAACGACGGACUGCUGUGGCUCCGACGCACUCAUGCAGGCUCUAAUGCUGCCUGACCAGCAACGACGGUAUGAAUUCUUCUGCAACAUGGUUCACUUUGUGAAAACUAUCACGGAUAUAUCGGAGGCACUGCGUCGUGUUGAACCACCUAAGCGCAAGGAAUUACUAGGACCUCUGCUCAAACAGUUGCGAAUACCCCAUCGAGCAUACAUCCCGCUGUGCAAGUCAACAGAUCCAUAUUGUAACGUGGUAUCGGUAUUCAGCGAUGAAGGCCGUGUGUUCAGCACGCACGAGCGAGCACCGUGUUUAAUCUACUUUGCCACCGAGGAGAAUGAGAGUGGUGAAGAUGUGUCCACUGUUUUAUUCAACGAUCUUUAUGAAACCAAGGCACCCAGUGUCUGUAACAACAUUGACGAAGACGAUGAGAUCGCGACAGCUUUUGAUCAGCACGCCGCGGAUAUUGCACUGAGGCAAGCAAGAACUUCACAGGUAUCUCGAGCUAAAGACAUGCCUAGGCAUAUGUCGUCAUUUCUUCGCGAACUUCUUUCGGAUGAUGAGCGUAAACUGCGCAUUGAGAAGACGUUCGGUGAACUAACUUUCACGAAAGCUGAGCGUCUUCAGAAGACUAUUCAAUGUGCGAAUGUGGAGCGCUGGCGUCUCGCUGGUUUGAUGUCCAAGAGCUUCGAUGAUCUCCGCCAGGAAGUUCUAGUCAUGCAGCUCAUCUCGUACUUCCAGCAGAUUUUUGAGUUGGAAAAGCUGCCAUUGCGACUGCAUCCGUACCGCAUUUUAUCCACAGGAUCAAGUACUGGUCUCAUUGAAGUGGUUAGCAAUGCCAUGUCGCUCGAUGGGGUCAAGAAAACUCCAGGAUUCAAGAACCUCCGCAGUCACUUUGAACAAAUGUAUGGUGAGGCCACGAACAAUUCGGAAGGGGACGAAAAUGGUGAGGGAGCUGAGCUGCUGCAUCAGGCUAAACUCAACUUCAUCCACAGUUUAGCUGCAUACUCGAUUGUGUGCUACAUUCUCGCUAUCAAGGAUCGACACAACGGUAACAUUAUGCUGGACAUCGAAGGGUAUAUUAUCCACAUUGACUUUGGAUUCUGUAAGUUAUUCUUUUUAUUCAAAGGCGAUAAAAAGUUUCUUUCUCACUUUUCUUUUGUUGAUGUAGUCCUAGGCCGAGCACCUGGAGGAAGCUUCAGCUUUGAGACUGCUCCAUUCAAGCUGACGGCCGAGAUGGUGGACGUACUCGGCGGCCGCCAUUCCUCCAAUUUCCAGUAUUUUACAGACUUGUGUGUACAAGGUGCUCUUGCAGCCCGAAAGCAUGCCGAGACCAUCUACACUUUAGUGGAAGUAAUGAGUUACCACUCCAAGCUUCCGUGCUUCGUUGGAGGUGCAGCAGGACCCUUAUCGGGACUGAAAGACCGUCUAUUCCUCAACAUAUCGGAGAAGAAAGUAGCACCGACAAUCCAAAGCAUGGUCCAGCGAGCCUACGAUCAUUUCGGCACGAACAAGUACGAUCAGUUCCAGACAUUUUCAAAUGGAAUAGCCAAAUAGACUGGGGUAGUACUUCGCAACACAAAACGUAAAAUAAAAUAAAAUACUAAUGUGUAUUGGAUGGGCC